UCCAACUUGCCUUUUCCACCAUGGACGCCACCCAGAAGCGCGAUAUUAUCAUCAACAACUCGACCACGUCGGGCCUCAAGGCCUCGGCGAUCGCCGGCGUCACCGCGGGCUCGCUCGUCGCCCUUGCCAACCACCAGUCGCCGUGGUUCCGCAACCGCCUCGGCGUGAGUGGCAAGGUCGGCCUCGCGGUCAUGGCCUCGCUUGCGACGUUCGCGAUCGUCGCCGAGCAGGACCUCCUUAAGGGCAGCCGCAACCCGGAUGCGUACAUCGCCGAGCUCAACGAGACCGAGACCAAGCAGGUCAUCAAGAGCGACCACCACCUCCCGAUGUACCAGCAGGCCGCCAACUACGUCUACGACUACCCGUUCCGCACGCUCGUGUGCUCGGCGGCGCCGCUCGUCGGUCUCAUCUUCCUCGACCAGAGCCGCAACGCCAACAUCCAGUUCUCGCAGAAGGUCAUGCACACGCGUAUUUACGGCCAGGGCUCGUGCGUCGUCUUGCUCCUCGGCACGAUGGCGUUCCAUGACUGGAUGUCCAAGCGCGGCCGCUUCGAGUAAGCGCGGAAUCCUCCUCGGUCCAUCAUCGGAAGCCGGACCCUCCCAGUAGUAGAACGGACGCAUCGUAGGUCGUCUUCACCCUCAUCCUCAUCAUCAUAUAUAUGCACUCAUACCCGGA